UAACUGAAGUAUAUUUGCACGCUCGCCUUCCUCUCUUCUAAUGAAUCCCUCCACCAAAGAAGACGAGACGAGACGCCGAGGGAAGCAGCUAUUGAGCGCCGGUACGAUACUUCCUUAUGAAGAGAAGGUUAUAAGAUGAACAGUAUUUCAAAUCUAUUCUCUAUUCUUCAUUUGGAUGCUGAGGAUGACAAAGAACAAAUAGCCUCUCUUUCUGUUGCCAAGGAUGAAACCCAUGCCAAAAAGUCAGAUGUAACUAAGGGAAAAGGCCAAACAUCAGGAAAAAAUAAAAGUUCAAAAGAUGAUAGAUUGCAACAACAAACCCUUCCAUCAUCAUCGGGUGACUACAAAAUGCCCCUUGUGUGGAUUGACUUGGAAAUGACAGGUUUGAGUAUUGAAGUUGAUCGGAUAUUGGAGAUUGCUUGUGUCAUAACAGAUGGUAAUUUAACCAAAUCAGUUGAUGGUCCAGAUUUGGUUAUCAAACAAACAAAGGAGUGCUUGGAUAAUAUGGGGGAAUGGUGUCGUGAACAUCAUGGAGCUAGUGGUUUGACAGAGAGAGUUCUACGAAGCACAAUAACAGAGGUGGAUGCAGAAAAACAGGUUAUAGACUUUGUGAAGAAGCAUGUAGGUGGACAUACCCCACAAUUGGCUGGAAAUUCUGUUUAUGUGGAUUUUCUGUUCUUGAAGAAAUAUAUGCCUUCUCUGGCUGUUAUCUUUCCUCACACACUAGUUGAUGUUAGUAGUGUUAUGGCUUUGUGCAUCCGUUGGUUUCCAAAAGAGAAGAGGAGGGCACCUGCAAAGGAGAAAAGGCAUAGAGCUAUGGAUGACAUAAAGGAGAGCAUAAGGGAACUAAAAUACUACAAGGAAGCCAUUUUCAAAGCACCAAACAGGGCCAGACAGUAAUUAACUAGUGAUUGCUGUGUCAUAAUAUUAGAUCUCUUUAUCUUAGGUAUUCAAGAAAUGUAUCCUUGAAAGCAUGUGACUUUUUAUCAAGAUGAUCAACUAAUAUUUAGUUGCAAUUGUUCCCAGUUCUCACUAUUUCAUACAAAGUGGUAAUCUAAGAUUACUGUGUGUGUUUCUUCCAAAA